AUGGCUAUUGAAACUCCACAUGACCCAGCUUUGCAGGCUCCUACUCAAGGAAAGCUGAGAAAGUCCCUGGUUCCUGGUACCGUCUUGAUCCUGUUGGCUGGACGUUUCCGUGGAAAGAGAGUUAUCUACCUGAAGAACUUGGAAGACAACACUUUGCUGGUUUCUGGACCAUUCAAGGUCAACGGUGUUCCAUUGAGAAGAGUUCACGACAGCUACGUUAUUGCUACUUCCACCAGAAUCUCUGUUGAGGGUUUGGACCUGGCCAAGUUCGACCUUGCCUACUUCAACUCUGAAAAGUCAGGUAACGAGGAAGACAAGUCUGAGGCUGACUUCUUCGGUGACAAGGCUGAAAAGAAGACUGUUUCCCCAGAGCAGAUCGAGGACCAAAAGGUCGUCGACAAGGCUUUGCUGGCUGAGGUUUCCAAGGUAGCUCACCUUGAGGAGUACCUCGCCGCUCCUUUCUCUUUGAGAAGAGGUGACAGACCACACUUAAUGAAAUUCUAA